UACGCGGUGCCGCCUCGUGCUGUAGCCUCUGCCUGCCCCAGACUGCAGGAGCCGCAGCCGCGCUGAGCCGCCAGCCGAGACGCAGAUUUCUUCCACGUGUGCUCAGUGUUCCAGGGCAGAGACUCCGAAAGGAAGAUGAAGUCUACCCUAAGCAUAGCAGUGCUUGUGACAGUGCUCCAAGUUGCCCGGUGCCAGAGGGUCAAAGACUUGACAGCAUGCUUGAGUGGGCAGAGCCUACGCUUGGACUGUCACUAUGAACGAAAGACCGAUCACCCCCUGACCUAUGAAUUCCGCCUGAACAAGGACCACGGAGAGGGGAUUGUUGUGGCCGGCAACUUGAAGGUCGCCAGUAACAUCUACAAGAGCCGCACCAACGUCACCACCACUAACAACCUGGUGUGCCUUCACGUCAACGGCUUCACCACUGCCGACGAGGGUGUCUACAUGUGCAAGCUGAAGAUCACUGGCGAUUAUGAGGGCCUUGACUCCAGGAACGUCUCUGUUAUCAAAGACCAGCUGGAGAAAUGCGCCGGCAUCAGUCUCCUGAUCCAAAACACCUCCUGGCUGCUCCUGCUGCUGCUCUCGUUGCCUCUCCUGCAAGCAGUGGAUUUUGUGUCCCUGUGAAGAAAAGAGAAAAGGAAGAAACGAAACCGAGGAGGUGGAGACGACGGGGAAGGAGAAUGUGCCGACUAGCAAGUGAACCUAAAUCUACCGCAGGAACGUGGGGGGGGGGGAGAGGGGGCUUUUUCUGGGUGGGGUGGGAAAGAGGUGGCCGAGAAAGAUGACAAUUUGACACCGAACCCGGAUUGUAUCUCUCAAUAUUAGCUCUUUCUCUAUAUAUCUCGCUCUAUAGCCGCAUAGCUCAUGAAAGUGACUAAUUUGCGCUAGCAGCAGCCGUCACACGCAAGCCACACGUCACGGGGAGGGGGGAGGUUGUCUGUCGAAGGGGGUUCCUCAGCGCAGCGUAAGGAAACCUGAUGCAAGCAUGGCAGCAUUUCCCGUGUCACUGUUUUUCUUUCUCCCACGCCGGCUCAGUUUGUCUCUUUGAUCCGUUCCCCACCCGCUCCGCCUCCCCCGAACAACGAUGAUGGAAGCUGUUUUGCGGGGCCUCGCGAGUCUUGUCCGGUCUUGUCUUCCGAAGUAGAUGACUCGCCGGAACAGGGACUCGAGGGAGGGAAAGGAUUCGGAAGAGAUUUGGUGUGCUGCUGCUUCUGUUUCUUCAUCGUUUAUUUAAACCACAAAGGCGUUGGGCAAAGGGGCAGCGUAGAGAUGGAUGGAUGAAGUUUAGCCCCACCUGGAUAAAGAGGAUGUGCAGGGCCCAUAGCAGGGCUUUUGAACCUCAGGCCCAUGGCCUCUUUGGGUUCCCAGUUUGACCCUCUGGGUUUCCCCAGGAGGCCCCGCCUCCUUCAACUAGCCCCACCCCCUUCCCUGGACUGCCAAUCACUUGGCGGAUCAUCUCUUCUAAGUCUAGUUACUGGCAGUAAGACCGUUAACCUUAAAUACACUGUUAUUUUUGUACUUUGGCCCUCCCUUUUUGCAUCUGGCCCUGCCUAC